AAGAUUUCUAUUGUGUUUAUUUUUGUUUUUCUCUUUUUGUAUAUUUUUUUGCGAACAGUUCAUAGCAUAGCAUACUUAGUUGAUGGUAGCGCCAAAAGUGAUGAGUUUUUCUCAAAGCUAUGUCGUAGCGAUUUUCGUAUAAAUAAAUUCGGUGAAGGUCCAAGAACAUCAUUCUCGCAGAUUAACUCAUUCGCAACGGUCUUAGCUUAGCUAAAGAGUUACUGGCAACAAAAUGAAAUUAUUCGUCGCAUUAUUUGCCGUUAUCGCGGUCGUGGCCGCUGUUGAAGUGCCCAGCAAUGACUACUUGCCGCCAGCCGAAGCCGUCGCAUUUGAACAAGUCGCUGUGGAGCCCCAGGAAGCCGCCGUCCUUGCUGAUGAUGGAUACCGUUACAAAACUGUCCGCCGCUUGAAAUACCGUCACCGUCGUGAUGUUAGCGAAUUGCCUUCCAACGAGUACUUGCCUCCAGCUGCCAGCGCUCCCGUAGCUGUUGCCGAACAACAAGUUUUUGUGCAGCCACAAGAAUCUGCCGUUUUAGCUGAUGAUGGUUACCGUUACAAGACCGUCCGACGCUUGAAAUAUCGUCACCGUCGUGAUGUCAGCGAAUUGCCUUCCAACGAGUACUUGCCUCCAGCUGCCAGCGCUCCUGUAGCCGUAGCUGAGCAACAAGUCUUUGUUGAGCCCCAAGAAUCCGCCGUUUUGGCUGAUGAUGGUUACCGUUACAAGACCGUUCGUCGUUUGAAAUACCGUCACCGUCGUGAUGUCAACGAAUUGCCUUCCAACGAAUAUUUGCCCCCCGUCGCUGUUGCCCAAGAACAAGUUGUUAUUGAAGCUCCACAAGAAUCCGCCGUUUUGGCUGAUGAUGGUUACCGUUACAAGGCCGUUCGCCGCUUGAAAUACCGUCACCGUCGUGAUGUCAACGAACUCCCAUCCAACGAAUACUUGCCCCCAGCUCCCAGCGCACCCGUCGCUGGUGUUGCACCACAAAUUAUUGAUGUACCACAAGAGUCCGCCGUCUUGGCUGAUGAUGGUUACCGUUACAAGACCGUCCGUCGUCGUAAAUACCGUCACCGCCGUGAUGUUAGUGAAUUGCCUUCCAACGAGUACUUGCCUCCAGCUGCCAGCGCUC